AUGGCGCCUCCUACGAAUGAUCGAAAGCGCAGAAGGUCAGACGGUGAAACCUCUGCUGCCCCAAAAACUCAGGAUCCAGACGGUGGAAUUUCGCGAAAUCCCAAGAAAGCAAAGACUGACGAUCGACGAUCCGUCUUUGUCCGGUCAUUGCCUCCCAACGUUACGAAUGAGAGCCUCGCAGACUUCUUCUCGCAGUAUUUUCCAGUCAAGCAUGCUACUGUAGUUAUUGAUCAGAAAACGAAGGAGUCAAGAGGGUUUGGCUUUGUUUCGUUUGCUGAUGCCGACGACGCCAAAGACGCCAAGGAGGCAUUGGACAAGAAGGAAUGGGAUGGCCGACGCAUUCGAAUCGAAGUCGCGGAACCCAGACAUCGAAAUGCCGACCCGGAUUCAGAAGAUGCAGGCAAGAAGCAGGGCAAGGGUAGAGAAGCGUACCAGCCACCACCCACCAAGUUGAUUAUUCGAAAUCUGCCGUGGAGCAUCAAGACAUCUGAGCAGCUUUCAAAGCUAUUCAUCAGCUUCGGCAAAGUCAAAUUUGCCGAUCUGCCACAAAAUAAGGGAAAACUCAAGGGUUUUGGUUUCGUCACCCUCAGGGGACGUCCAAACGCAGAGAAGGCUCUCGAGGCUAUUAACGGCAAAGUCAUUGACGGUCGAACCUUGGCCGUCGACUGGGCCGUUGAUAAGCAGACCUGGGACAAGCAACAAACCACAGACAGCGACGGAAAGGAGGCCAAGGAGGCCGAGGAUGAAGAUGAUAAACCAGCUGCCAAGGAUAAGGGAGUCGGAGCUGAUGGCGAAGUCAAGAACCGUGACGACCAACUGCAAUCAGAUCUUGCAAACUUUAUGAAAAACUACAUGCACAACAUGGAAGACGAAGAGGACCCAGACGAGGAGCAAGAUGACGAGGAUGAGGAGGAAGAUGACGAAGACAUGAAACUGUUGGACGAGGAGGAAGAAGAAGAGGAGGAAGAGCCCGAGAAGCCAAAGCGUGAGCUGAUGACGGACAAUUCCGCCACUGUUUUCGUUCGAAAUCUGCCGUUUACGACUACGGAUGAGCAGCUUAAAUCUUUCUUUGGCCACUUUGGCAAUGUUCGAUAUGCUAGAGUUGUCAUUGACAAGGCCACGGAGAAGCCGGCCGGCACAGGCUUUGUAUGCUUCGUUGACGCUGCCGACGCAAAGACGUGCUUGAUCGAUGCUCCUCGCCGCACACAACCGACCGCGGGAGGUGUCAAGCACUCUAUUCUCCAAGAUGAAAACGCCGACCCUACCGGUAAAUACACGCUCAAUGGCCGAGUCCUGCAGGUGGCCCAAGCCGUGGGCAAGAACGAGGCCGCCAACUUGGCAGAGAACUCACUUGCCCAGCGAAGACAAAAGGACAAGCGCCGAUUGUACCUCCUAUCAGAAGGCCAGCUCGGCGCGGGUUCUCCUCUGCGCGGCCUCUUGACCGACGCCGAAGUUCGGAUGAGACAGGCUAGUGCCGUGCAGCGCAAGAAGCUUGUAGAGAAGAACCCCAUGUUGCACAUCAGCAUGACCCGUCUUGCUCUUCGAAACAUUCCCAACGACAUUGGUGCCAAGGAUCUGAAAGAGCUGGCUAGAAAGGCUGUCGUAGGCUUUGCCAAGGAUGUCAAGGAAGGACGCCGACAGCCGCUUUCCAAGGAAGAGAAUGCCAGAGAUGGCAAGGAUGCCAAGGACAAGGAGAAGGACCGCAAGCUCAAGCGCAAGGGUAUUGUUAAGCAAGCCAAGAUUGUGUUUGAGGACAACAAGGGAUCCAAGGUAUCUGAGACCAGUGGAGCUGGCAAGAGCCGUGGCUACGGUUUCAUUGAGUACACGUCUCACCGCUGGGCUUUGAUGGGUUUGAGAUACUUGAACGGUCUCCAGCUGGACGGAAACAAUGGCAAGAAGCAGCGCUUGAUUGUUGAAUUUGCUAUUGAGAACGCACAGGUUGUGAAGCGGCGACAGGAUGCCGAGAAUGCCUCCAGGGCGCCCAAAACAAAAGAAAAUGACGGCGCCGAUGCCUCUGAGGCUGAGGAGGAUGAAGAGGAAGAGGAGGCCCCUGCGUCAAAGAAGAAGCAAAAGGGCAAGAAGAAUAGGGGAAACAUGAACAAGGGCCCCAAGGUGAAGAAGCCCGCCGGGGAAGACGAAGGGGAGAAGGAAAAAGAAAAGAAGCCGACGGAUGAAAAAGAGGCGAUUCAGCAGAAGCUGAUUGCGCGGAAGAGAUUGAUGCGCAAGAAGAAGGCGGGAUCAAGGGGAAAAGCGUAA